AUGUUAAGACAAGUAGUUGGUAGAUCUGUUGUCAAGAGAUUAAGUUCUGUUGCCAAUAAAGAGAUAGUUGGAUCUGUUUCUUUGAGUAAUAGACUCAGAAGCACGAAAACAACCACAAGGUUCUACUCCACUAGAUCAACCGUAGUUCAAUUAUUGAAUAACAUUGGAUCUAAAAGAGAAGUAGAGCAAUAUUUAAAGUAUUUUACUUCUGUAUCUCAGCAACAGUUUGCUGUUAUUAAAGUUGGUGGAGCAAUUAUAACACAACAAUUACCUGAAUUAGCUUCAUGUCUUGCAUUCUUAUACCAUGUUGGGUUGUAUCCGAUUGUCUUACAUGGCACUGGUCCACAAAUUAAUGAGUUAUUAGAAAAUGAAGGUGUUGAACCAGAAUAUCUGGAUGGAAUUCGUAUCACCAAUCCUAAAACUAUGGAAGUGGUCAGAAAAUGUUUCUUAGAACAGAAUUUAAGAUUAGUUACAGCACUUGAAAAAAUGGGUGUUCACGCCAGACCAAUAACGGCAGGUGUUUUUGGAGCUGACUAUUUGGAUAAGGAUAAAUACCAAUUAGUUGGUAAAGUUAAUUCUGUGAAUAAAUCGCCUGUUGAAUCAGCCAUUGAAGCAGGUUAUUUGCCGAUUUUAACUUCUUUAGCAGAAACCCCUUCUGGUCAACUCUUGAAUGUAAAUGCCGACGUAGCUGCUGGUGAAUUAGCCAGAGAGUUUGAACCUUUGAAGAUUGUUUACUUGAAUGAGAAGGGUGGUAUUAUUAACGGUAAUACCGGUGAAAAGGUAAGCAUGAUCAACUUAGAUGAGGAAUAUGAUGACUUGAUGAAGGAAAGUUGGGUCAAAUAUGGUACAAAGUUGAAGAUCAAAGAAAUUCACGAUUUGUUACAACAUUUACCAAGAUCUUCAUCUGUCGCUAUUAUUGAUGUUGAUGAUUUACAAAAGGAAUUAUUUACUGAUUCUGGGGCUGGAACUUUAAUUAGAAGAGGUUAUAAAUUAAUUAGCCGUAAUUCUUUGAAAGAAUUUGGUAAUCCUGAUUUGUUAAGAGCUGCUUUGUUAAGAGACCCAGAAAUAAAAUCUGGCAAAUUAUCUGUUGCAUCUUACUUAAAGCAUUUAGAAUCAAUCGAAUUCAAAUCUUAUGGUGACGAACCUUUAGAAGUUUUAGCCAUUGUUACUAAAAAUGGCUCUCGUUUUCCAAAGUUGGAUAAGUUUUUGUCAUCAAGAACUGGCUGGUUAAAUAACGUCACGGAUAACAUUUUUAACUCUAUUAAGAAGGAUUAUAAAUCGUUAUAUUGGAUAGUGAGUGAAAAUGAUUCCAACUUGUCGUGGUACUUUUCAAAAUCUGACGGUUCGUUCUCAAAGAACGGUGAAAUCUUAUUCUGGUACGGUUUGAAUACAGAGGAAGUUUCCCAAUUAAUUAAUCAAUUUGAUUCUUCUAGUAUUGGCUCCGCAUUGUCAUCCUCUAGUGAGUCUGGUAUUUUCAGUUCCCCAACCCAAAAGAAGGGAUUACAUACAAUGGCCCGCCGUUCUUACUCAAGUAACCCAAACCCACCAAUUCGUGAAGGUAAGAAUACUCAAAAAGCCAAGGUUGCGCUUAUUGGUGCCAGAGGUUAUACUGGACAAAAUUUAAUCAAUAUGAUUGAUAGUCAUCCAUUUUUAGAGUUGUCUCAUGUUUCUUCUCGUGAAUUAAAGGGACAAAAGUUAAAGGGCUAUAAUAAGGAUAAUAUUGUUUAUUCUAACUUACAAGUCGAGGACAUUAAAGAACUUGAAAAGAACAAUGAAGUUGAUGUUUGGGUUAUGGCAUUACCAAAUGGUGUCUGUAAACCAUUUGUUGAAGCAAUUGAAUCUAUUCCAAAUAAUAAAUCGAAAAUUAUCGAUUUAUCUGCCGAUUACAGAUUUGAUACUACUGGUGAGUGGGUUUAUGGUUUACCUGAAUUGAAUGAUCGUAAUGCAAUUGCAUCGGCUAAGAAAAUCUCAAAUCCGGGCUGUUACGCAACAGCCGCCCAAUGUGCAAUCGCACCCUUAGUCUCUUAUAUUAACGGCACCCCAUCAAUAUUUGGUGUUUCAGGUUAUUCUGGGGCUGGUACUAAACCAUCCCCUAAAAAUGAUGUCAAGUUUUUGGCUAAUAAUAUAAUUCCUUACUCGUUGACAGACCAUAUACAUGAAAAGGAAAUCAGCAGCCAAUUAGGUUUAGAUGUUGCAUUUACACCACACGUUGCACAAUGGUUCCAGGGUAUCUCUCACACUAUUUCAAUUCCCAUUAAACCAAAAUCCUUAAGUUCUCGUGAAAUUAGAAAUAUUUAUCAAGACAGAUAUCAAGGUGAACAGUUGAUCACCAUAAGCGGUGAAGCUCCUUUAGUUAAGGAUAUCAGUGGUAAACAUGGUGUAGUUGUUGGUGGUUUUGCAGUGAAUUCAAAACAAGAUAGAGUUGUGAUUGUUGCUACUAUCGAUAACUUAUUAAAAGGUGCAUCCACUCAAUGCUUACAAAACAUUAAUUUGACUAUGGGUUAUGGCGAAUUUGAAGGAAUUCCUGACGAUUUAGUCAUAAGAGGUUAG